ACCUACAGCUGUGAUGAGUGUGGGAAGGAUUUUACCCAGGCUGGACACUUAAAAAGACACCAACUCAUCCACAGUGGAGUUAAACCUUACAACUGUGACUUGUGUGGAAAGUCUUUUACUGAGGCUGGAAGCUUAAAAAAACACCAACUCAUCCACAGUGGAGUUAAACCUUACAGCUGUGAAUUGUGUGGAAAGUCUUUUACCCAGGCUGGAAGCUUAAAAAAACACCAACUCAUCCACAGUGGAGUUAAACCUUAUAGCUGUGACUUGUGUGGAAAGUCUUUUACCCAGGCUCAAAGCCUAAAAACACACCAGCUCAUCCACAGUGGAGUUAAACCUUAUAGCUGUGACUUGUGUGGAAAGUCUUUUACUGUGGCUCAAAGCCUAAAAACACACCAGCUCAUCCACAGUGGAGUUAAACCUUACAGCUGUAAAUUGUGUGGAAAGUCUUUUACCCAGGCUGGAGGCUUAAAAACACACCAACUCAUCCACAGUGGAGUUAAACCUUACAGCUGUGACAUGUGUGGAAAGUCUUUUACCGAGGCUGGAAGCUUAAAAAAACACCAACUCAUCCACAGUGGAUUUAAACCUUACAGCUGUGAGUUUUGUGGAAAGUCUUUUACCCAGGCUGGAGACUUAAAAAAACACCAACUCAUCCACAGUGGAGUUAAACCUUACAGCUGUGACUUGUGUGGAAAGUCUUUUACUGUGGCUCAAAACCUAAAAACACACCAACUCAUCCACAGUGGAGUUAAACCUUACAGCUGUAAAUUGUGUGGAAAGUCUUUUACCCAGGCUGGACACUUAAAAACACACCAACUCAUCCACAGUGGAGUUAAACCUUACAGCUGUGAGUUGUGUGGAAAGUCUUUUACCGAGGCUGGAAGCUUAAAAAAACACCAACUCAUCCACAGUGGAGUUAAAGCUUACAGCUGUGAGUUGUGUGGAAAGUCUUUUACCCAGGCUGGAGGCUUAAAAACACACCAACUCAUCCACAGUGGAGUUAAAGCUUACAGCUGUGACUUGUGUGGAAAGUCUUUUACCGAGGCUGGACACUUAAAAACACACCAACUCAUCCACAGUGGAGUUAAAGCUUACAGCUGUGACUUGUGUGGAAAGUCUUUUACCCAGGCUGGAAGCUUAAAAACACACCAACUCAUCCACAGUGGAGUUAAACCAUAUGGCUGUAAAUUGUGUGGAAAGUCUUUUACCCAGGCUGGAAGCUUAAAAACACACCAACUCAUCCACAGUGGAGUUAAACCUUACAGCUGUGACUUGUGUGGAAAGUCUUUUAACCUGGCUGGAACCUUAAAAAAACACCAACUCAUCCACAGUGGAUUUAAACCGUACGGCUGUGACUUGUGUGGAAAGUCUUUUACCCAGGCUGGAAGCUUAAAAACACACCAACUCAUCCACAGUGGAGUUAAACCAUAUGGCUGUGAUGAGUGUGGAAAGUCUUUUACCCAGGCUGGAGACUUAAAAAGACACCAACUGAUCCACAGUGGAUUUAAAGUGUACAGCUGUCACUUGUGUGGAAAGUCUUUUACCCAUCGUAAAGGCUUAAAAUUACACCAAAUCAUCCACAGUGGAGUUAAACCUUACAGCUGUGAGUUGUGUGGUAAGGCUUUUGCUCAAAAUAGCAGCUUACAGAGGCAUCUAGUUACCCACUCUGGAAUUAAGGCGUACAGCUGCGACUUUUGUGGAAAAAGGUUCAGCGACAAACACUACCGAAAUAUUCACCUGCGGAGUCACACUGGAAUUGAUGUUUCCUGCUGUGAUCAGUGUGGGAAACUGUUUGCAACAGAUGCACAGUUACAACAACACAUGUUUAGCCACACUGAGGAGAGACCUUACAAAAGUGACCUGUGUGAGAAGACUUUUAAAGCUCCACAUCAGCUGAAGAAACACCAACAGAUCCACACAAGAAAGUAACUCUAGAAGUGCAGUUACUGUGAGGAUGUAUAUAUGUUUUAUCUUGUAAUUGUAACCUGAGUGUUUGGAACAAGUCCAGUAAGCUCAGUGUUAUAGUGUAAAUAGUAAAACGUAAUUGCACGUUGGCAGAGAUGCUUUUUAUUUCAGGCGACGUUCAGGAUAAAAACGUUGAAGGAAUUCCCUGAUUUACACUGUCUUUUUUUAGAAAUGGAGCAAAGCACAUGGAUCCAUUUCCACUGUAACAUCCAGUUUCACCAGUAGAUGACAGCACAUUUUAAUCCUCUGAGGUUUGAUGCCCCAGUAGUAAUGUCUCCAACUCAUAAUGUGAACAAAAUAACAACAUAUAAUGGUUUUUAUAUAACCAUUUUUAAUAAAUGUAAUUAAUGUGUUUAA